AUGAAACCCUCGGUUCUUCUUUUUCUUCUUCUACUCUGCACCUUCUCAUCCGUUUUCUCCGAGAAUUCCAAGAAGAACACGUUCCGGGAACGUGAAGCCUCCGAUGAUGCCCUUGGUUACCCCGAAAUUGACGAGGAUGCUUUGGUGAAUUCAAAAUGUCCUGUGAAUUUAGAGCUUAGAUGGCAAACGGAAGUUAGUUCCAGCAUCUAUGCAAACCCCUUGAUUGCUGAUAUUAACAGUGAUGGGAAGCUUGAAAUAGUGGUUCCUUCGUUUGUACACUAUCUUGAAGUUCUAGAAGGUACCGACGGGGACAAAUUGCCAGGCUGGCCUGCUUUCCAUCAAUCAACUGUGCAUUCUAGUCCACUUCUAUAUGACAUAGACAAAGAUGGGGUGAGAGAAAUUGCUUUGGCAACCUACAAUGGUGAAGUGCUAUUUUUCAGGGUUUCGGGUUAUAUCAUGUCAGAAAAGCUUGAGGUCCCACGUAGGAAAGUGCCUAAAAAUUGGUAUGUGGGUUUGAAUGCUGAUCCAGCGGACCGCACCCAACCAGAUGUUCACGAUGAGCAACUUGUCCAAGAAGCCACUAUUGCAAAAUCAAUGUCCGAAACAAAUGGAAGCAAACACGAAGUCAAUUCCUCAGCUGCCACAUCAACAGAAAGUCACCCUGACACAAAAAGUGUGUCUAAUCCCGAGUCUGAAAAGAAAAUAAAUAGAAGCCAAUCAGAGGAGAGUAUUAAGAUGCCAACUAUUGCUGAUAAUAAAACCAGCACUGGGAGGCGUCUGCUGGAAGAUAACAACGUAAAAGGAGUUGAACAAAGUGAUUCUGAAUCCAAAGGUAAGGAAGGCGUUCAUGCCGCAACUGUGGAAAAUGAGGAAGGACUGGAAGCAGAUGCUGAUUCGUCUUUCGAAUUAUUCCGCAAUAGUGAUGAGUUGGCCGAUGAGUACAGCUAUGAUUAUGAUGAUUAUGUUGAUGAAUCGCUGUGGGGUGAUGAAGAAUGGACUGAAAUGAAACAUGAGAAAUUAGAGGACUACGUGAAUGUUGACUCACACAUCUUGUGCACUCCUGUCAUUGCAGAUAUUGACAAUGAUGGUGUAAUGGAAAUGGUUGUUGGUGUUUCUUAUUUCUUUGACCAUGAGUAUUAUGACAACCAGGAGCAUAAGAAAGAACUGGGUGACAUUGACAUUGGGAAAUAUGUUGCCGGUGGUAUUGUUGUUUUUGAUCUGGAUACAAAACAAGUUAAGUGGACUGCAGAGCUCGAUAUGAGUACAGAUACAGCAAACUUCCGAGCAUUCAUAUAUUCUUCUCCUACUGUUGUAGAUUUGGAUGGGGAUGGGUAUCUAGACAUUCUUGUUGGAACUUCUUAUGGCCUAUUCUAUGUGAUAGAUCAUCAUGGUAAAAUUAGAGAAAAGUUCCCUCUUGAAAUGGCCGAGAUUCAAGGAGGUGUUGUUGCAGCUGAUGUUAAUGAUGAUGGGAAAAUUGAGCUGGUUACGGCCGAUACACAUGGAAAUGUUGUUGUAUGGACCCCCAAAGGAGAUUUGAUAUGGGAAAAGCAUCUGAAGUCUCUUAUUCCACAUGCUCCAACUAUUGGUGAUAUUGACGGGGAUGGCCACACUGAGCUUGUUGUGCCAACACUAUCUGGGAAGAUUUAUGUUCUUGAUGGAAGGGAUGGAUCAUCUAUUGGACGGUAUCCAUUUAUAACUCAUGGAAGAGUGAUGAAUCAAGUUCUUCUAGUUGAUUUAAGUAAACCGAAGGAAAAGAAGAAGGGGUUGACUAUUGUUACUGCUUCGUUUGAUGGUUAUUUGUACCUCAUUGAUGGACCUACAGGCUGCGCUGAUGUCGUUGACAUUGGUGAAACUUCAUAUAGCAUGGUUUUGGCAGACAAUGUAGACGGUGGGGAUGAUCUUGAUCUGAUUGUCUCAACAAUGAAUGGCAAUGUCUUCUGCUUCUCAACUCCCUCUCCUCACCAUCCCCUCAAGGCUUGGAGAUUGCCUAACCAAGGAAGAAAUAAUGUCGCAAAUCGAUACGGUCGUCAAGGCAUCUACGUUACUCAUCCUUCUAGGGCAUUCCGUGAUGAGGAAGGCAAGAGCUUUUGGGUGGAAAUUGAAAUUGUAGAUAAUUACAGAUACCCAUCUGGUCAUCAAGGACCAUACCAUGUCACUACAACCUUGCUUGUCCCUGGUAAUUACCAAGGAGAUAGAACAAUAAAGCAAAACCAGACCUAUUCUCAACCUGGUAAACAUCGAAUUAAGCUGCCUACUGUGGGAGUAAGGACCACAGGAACAGUUUUGGUUGAGAUGGUUGACAAAAACGGACUAUAUUUCUCCGACGAAUUCUCACUUACAUUCCAUAUGCACUACUAUAAAUUGUUGAAGUGGCUUCUUGUUCUUCCAAUGCUUGGGAUGUUUGGUGUGCUUGUCAUCCUUCGGCCACAAGGCGCAGUUCCUCUGCCAUCGUUUUCAAGGAACAAUGAUUAA